AUGCAUCUUCGCCAUGUAGCGACCCAGCAGUCUCGCCGAAUACUACGGCGGUACCCCUUCUUGCAGCGCAUCUCCAUCGUCACAUCCCUGGUCACCCUGGUCUGGAUCUAUGCUGUAUGGUAUGGAGAAAGGACGCUGUUCAGCAAGCAUAUCAAGGCCUGUCAAUGGGACAAGUGGGAGAGGUGGCCGGCUGGAGCUACACCACAUCAUCUGGUCUUGAUCGCGGAUCCUCAGUUGGUGGAUCCACAUACAUAUCCUGGACGACCAUGGCCGUUAUCUACAGCUACAGAACGAUACACGGAUCUCUACAUGGGUCGCAACUUCCGGCUGAUCAAUGCCAAUCUUGACCCGAGCUCCAUCGUCUUCCUGGGAGAUCUAUUCGAUGGUGGAAGAGAGUGGGCUCCUAGCAGGGCCAAGCCGCUCAAGAGCUCCCAGAGGAGAAUGCUGCAGAGGCUUGGCGUCAUGAAGGAGGACAAGGUCGAGAAGAGAAGUAUGGAGAGCUUCCGCAAAGCUGUGUCCAUGCCUCAUGAUCAUGUCAUUGAGAAAAAGGAUCACUUCCUUACACCCAGUGGUCGUGAUCUGAAACAGUUCGUGCAUGGCGAGAAGGGUAGAUGGUCUACAUGGGGUCAACAGCAGUGGGAGACCGACUUAAGGAGAUUCAGCCAUAUCUUCUUCGAUACAGAUCAGCUGUAUCCGGAUGGACUAGCACGAGAACGAUUUGCUGCGUAUGAGGUGCGAGCAGACGACGUUAGUGUUGAGAAUGGCGCCAACAAUGUGACGUGGAAUGAAUAUGCUACAAUGGGAGGGAAGCAGCGCCGAGUGAUCGCCAGUCUGCCCGGCAACCAUGAUGUUGGUUUCGGCAUGGGUGUACAGUUACCACUCCAAGAUCGAUUCAAGCUGCUUUUCGGCGAAAGCAACCGAAUCGACGUCAUUGGCAAUCACACUUUCGUCAGUCUUGAUACGCCGUCACUGUCGGCAUUCAGUCAGUUCCUGCCGGAAGGUGGCGAGACGCAACCAGCUCAAGCGACAGAGUUGAUGUAUCUCUGGCAGCCUGCCAAUGACUUUAUGGAGAACCUACAAGUACCUGCUGAGAAGUACGUACAUGAUACUCUGCAGAGCUACUAUCCGUCGCAGAACGCUGAUCUCGGCCAUCUACAUGAUGUCCUCGACACGAGCGACGAGCGUACUCCGCGCGAAAAGGGUCUUCGCUCGCGUACACAGCUGCCAGUAAUCCUGCUCACUCACGUUCCAUUAUACCGCGACCCAGAGACAGACUGCGGAGCACAGCGAGAACGAGGGCAUGCACUUUCCAUCUCAGCUGGCUACCAAUACCAGAAUGUUGUGACCAGGUCACUCUCAAACACCAUAGUAUCGCACGUCUCCAAAGCAGGCGACAUAGCACAUGUCUUUUCCGGUGACGAUCACGACUACUGCGACAUCUCACACCGAUACAACAUCGGCCAAGCACAAAAGCCUGCCAACGAUGCAAGUCGAACCACACCAGGUCUGACAAAUGUAAAAGAGAUCACAGUUAAGAGCUUCAGCUGGGCCAUGGGAGUUCGGAAACCCGGUUUCCAGCUCGUCAGUCUGUGGAACCCUGUCGACGCCGAGGGCAAGACAAUCGGCACCCCACUUCCUACCAUACAGACGCAUAUGUGCCUGUUGCCCGACCAGCUAGGCAUCUUCCUCGACUACGCCACGUUACUCGGCGGCACCGUAGUAGUCCUGCUUCUCCGAGCAAUUGUCCUCGGUCUACGCUACAAAGGCAACGAAGACUCUGGAAUGCCCCAAAGCCCUCUAAGCCCCUUCGUCCUCCCACGCUACCAGGGCAAAUCAAACGGCACCGCCAAUGGCUUCGCCACGAAGCAAGAAGGCAAGACCAAAGGCCGGCACCGCGCCGCCUCGACCUCCCUCGAGUCAGCUCUGAAUAGCAGCACGAAUCUCGGCGUUCAAAGAAGCUAUACAGCACGGACCCGCUCCGUCUCCCCAGCCGUAAACUCAUACACUCCCAACAGCUCCGCAUACGUACUCCCCAGCACCUCUCAAGACCAGCAGAAUAGUGCUCCGCUGAUCGAGAAGGCGGGAUUCUAUCCUACUGUCAGAUGGCUCGACCCUAAUGACGAUAUCGACUCGGAUGAAGAGAGCCAUAUUGGCGCUGUCUCAGACGUGGGUGAGGGGAAGGACGAGGAGGAAGAUAGUCAGGCAAAGUGGAAGCGGAGGCGACGGACACCGAGUAAAGCUCGCGAGGCGGUGGGGGAGUUCUUUGCCAGUUUGGGGGUUGUUGGAGUGCCGUGUUUAUGCUGCAUCGCACGUCGGGACUUCGUGUGUCAAUCUGAGUAG